AUGGCCGAGGGCGGCGGGGGCGCGCGGAGGAGGGCGCCGGCGCUGCUCGAGGCGGCCCGCGCGCGCUACGAGAGCCUGCACAUCUCGGACGACGUGUUCGGCGAGUCGGGCCCGGACAGCGGCGGGAACCCCUUCUACAGCACGUCGGCCGCCUCGCACUCCUCCUCGGCCGCCUCCUCGGACGACGAACGCGAGCGCCCCGGCCCCCCGCCGCCGCCGCCCGGUGCUCCCGACGCGCAGGAAGCCGAGGAGGACGAGGCUGGCGCGGGCUGGAGCGCCACGCUGCGGGACCGCCCGCCCCCGCGCUUCGAGGACACCGGCGGUCCAACCCGAAAGAUGCCCCCCAGCGCCAGUGCCAUAGACUUCUUCCAGCUCUUUGUCCCCGACAACGUGCUCAAGAACAUGGUGGUGCAGACGAACAUGUACGCCAAGAAGUUCCAGGAGCGCUUCGGCAGCGACGGCGCCUGGGCCGAGGUGACGCUGACGGAGAUGAAGGCGUUCCUGGGCUACAUGAUCUCCACCAGCAUCUCCCACUGCGAGUCGGUCCUCAGCAUCUGGAGCGGCGGCUUCUACAGCAACAGGAGCCUCGCCCUGGUCAUGAGCCAGGCCCGCUUCGAGAAGAUCCUCAAGUACUUCCACGUGGUGGCCUUCCGCUCCAGCCAGACCACGCACGGCCUGUACAAGGUCCAGCCCUUCCUCGACUCCCUGCAGAACGGCUUCGACUCUGCCUUCAGGCCUUCCCAAACCCAGGUGCUACACGAACCCCUGAUUGACGAGGACCCCGUGUUCAUCGCCACGUGCACAGAGCGGGAACUGCGAAAGAGGAAAAAGCGGAAAUUCAGCCUCUGGGUCAGGCAGUGUUCUUCCACCGGCUUCAUCAUCCAGAUUUACGUCCACCUGAAGGAAGGCGGGGGCCCCGAUGGGCUAGAUGCGCUGAAGAAUAAGCCCCAGCUCCACAGCGUGGUCGCCCGAAGCCUGUGCCGGAACGCGGCGGGCAAGAACUACAUCAUCUUCACGGGGCCCAGCAUCACCAGCCUGACCCUGUUCGAGGAGCUGGAAAAGCAAGAGAUCUACUGCUGUGGCCUGCUCAGCCCCAGGAAGAGUGACUGCACCGGCCUGCCCCCGUCCAUGCUGAGCAACCCGGCCACCCCCCCGGCCCGGGGCCAGCACCGCAUCAAGAUGAAGGGGAACAUGUCUCUGAUCUGCUGGUACAACAAAGGGCCCUUCCGCUUCCUGACCAAUGCCUACUCGCCCGUGCAGCAAGGAGUGAUCAUCAAGAGGAAGACUGGGGAGAUCCCCUGCCCCUUGGCCGUGGAGGCGUUCGCUGCUCACCUUAGCUACAUCUGCAAAUACGACGACAAGUACAGCAAGUAUUUCAUUUCUCAUAAACCAAACAAGACCUGGCAACAGGUGUUCUGGUUCGCCAUCAGCAUCGCGAUCAAUAACGCCUACAUCCUGUACAAGAUGUCAGACGCCUACCACGUGAAGAGGUACAGCCGGGCGCAGUUCGGCGAGAGACUGGUGAGGGAGCUGCUGGGUCUGGAGGAAGCCUCCCCAGCCCACUGAUGCCAGGCGGCCAGGCCUAAGUGAGGACCAGGUCCGGGAGGCCGGAGGAGGGAGGGAGCGGGCCAUUCUGACCUGCCCAGCCAGAGCCCUGCGGGUGCCCCCCCCCACCCCCCUCCCCGGGGGUGGCCCCAGCCCGGAGGGGUGCCCACGGCUUCCACGGGGACCAGGGUGGGCCUGGUCAGAGGACGGCUGCCCGUCCCGGUUCCCAUUCGAAGAAGAGCAUGUCCUCCCUCCAGAAGCGGCCACCCACCCGGUGCCGGGGCGGGCGCCGCACCCAGACUCCACGUGCCGGCGGGCGCGCUGUCCGUGGCAUUGGCCCAGCAGGGCGCUGCCUCCUCGUGACACCCGUGGAGCUCAGCUCGGUACAGGGGCCCUGGGAAGGCUGUUGCCGCCGGAGGCGCCAGGGAUGGGAUGAGCCGUAGCACGUCCUGCUAGAAAUGCCUGCUCUGUAAAGACGUAAAGACGUUUGUGACGCGGUUCAGUUUCCUGCCGUGUCCGACGGCGACCAAGGCAAGCAGAGGUGGGGCUGUGCACCGCUAAGGCCGUGCCGGUGUGGGCAGGAGACCCGAGCGUCGCCCCGCACCUGCCUCACGCAGGCGGCUUGGAACGGGCCUCCUGGAACAAGGAACGCAAACUGGGUGCCAUUGACACGCAGGGAUGAAAUGGGGCAGCGAUCGCCCGUUCUGAGUCAAGGAUGAGGCGUUCCUAACUCAUUUCAUCUCCCUGGCUGGUGGACGGGGCAGAGAGGGAAAAUGCCAACGGAAUCGCAGUGACGUGUGAUGCUGUUUUUUAUUUUUCAAUAUAUCUUCAGGUUAUUUUCUUACCGUUGCUUAAGAUCUUCUGUAAAAGGAAAAUGCCCCCCUUCUUUUCCGCCCCCUCCCUUCGCCCCAGCCGCGGCUGUUUGCGUGGUCACGGUUCGGUAUUCUGGGCCCCGUGACCGUGCCAGGACCGGAAAGGGCAGCUUGCUGCCAGAACGGAUGUGCUUCCACUCCAUCAAGGAGCACGGGGGGCCCGUGGGCCUUAAGCGUUGCCGUAGACCUGA